GGGACGGAUGGAAGGAUGACGAACGGAGGAAUGACGGGGAUGCGCUGUUUUCUGUGGAGUCUGGUUCUGUGCUCGCUCUCUUCGCGCGCGCAAGGUUUCAUCUACACCUGUGGGGGUACACUGAAAGGUCGAAACGGCAGCAUAGAGUCCCCCGGCUUUCCCUACGGCUACCCCAAUGGGGCGAACUGCACCUGGGUCAUCGUUGGAGAGGAAGGAAGUAGAAUUCAGCUCAUGUUCUUGUCUUUUGCGAUAGAAGAAGAAUAUGACUUCCUCUCGUUGUAUGACGGACAUCCACAUCCAGCCAACUUCAGGACCAGGUUAACAGGCUUCCAGGUUCCUCCUCCUGUCACCAGUACAGGAAACGUCUUCUCUCUGAGGUUGACCAGUGACUUUGCCGUCUCUGCUCAUGGUUUCAAGCUCAACUAUGAAGAACUCCAAAGUUCAUCUUGUGGGAAUCCUGGUGUGCCACCCAAAGCUGUGCUCAGCGGCGGUGGGCGUUUUGCUGUGGGAGACCGGGUGCAGUACAGCUGCGUCCCCGGUUACGUGCUGGACGGCCACGCCACACUCACAUGCAUCACUAAUGCCGGAAAUGCUGCCGUCUGGGACUUUCCUGCUCCUGUUUGUCGAGCUGAGGACACAUGUGGGGGCACUGUGAGGGGCGGCAGUGGGGUGGUGACCAGUCCCGGUUACCCCGGCAACUAUGGUAACCAAGCCGACUGUACUUGGAUCCUAUUGGCCGAACCCGGAGACACCAUCUCUGUCAUCUUUACAGACUUCCAGACCGAGGAAAAGUACGACUACUUGGAAGUGGAAGGAUCCGAACCACCGACUAUUUGGUUGUCAGGUGGUAAUGUCCCCUCUCCGAUCGUUAGCAACAAGAACUGGCUCCGGCUGCAUUUUGUGACUGAUGGCAACCACCGUUACAGAGGUUUCAGCGCACAUUACCAAGUGAAGCGAUCAGUAGAUUUUAAAUCACGGGGCGUUAAAUUAUUCCCUGGCAAAGACUCCGGCAACAAGUUUUCAAUAUUAAAUGAAGGUGGCGUGAGACAGGCGUCUAACUCCUGCCCUGACCCUGGAGAGCCAGAAAAUGGGAAACGCCACGGCAGUGACUUCAGCAUCGGCAGCACGGUGCACUUCAGCUGUGGCGAGGACUACGUGCUGCAGGGCAGUAAAUCCAUCAGCUGCCAGAGAGUGGCAGAAGUCUUCACCGCUUGGAGUGACCACAGACCCGUCUGCAAAGUAAAGACUUGCGGCAGCAAUCUUCAAGGCCCAUCAGGAACCUUUACAUCCCCCAACUUCCCAAUUCAGUACGAGAGCAAUGCACAAUGCGUGUGGAUAAUCACAGCAUCAAACCCCAAUAAGGUGAUCCAGAUCAACUUUGAGGAGUUCGACCUGGAAAUAGCAUACGAUACCCUGACUAUCGGAGAUGGAGGAGAAGUGGGAGAUCCUACAACCAUACUACAAGUUCUGUCUGGCAGCUUCGUGCCCGAUCUGAUCGUCAGCAUGACCCACCAGAUGUGGCUGCACCUGCAGUCGGACGAGAGUGUUGGAUCUAUAGGAUUUAAGAUCAACUAUAAAGAAAUCGACAAGGAGAGCUGUGGUGACCCUGGGACUCCACUCUACGGGAUACGAGAGGGUGACAGCUUCUUAAAUGGGGGAAUCUUGAGGUUUGAGUGCCAAUUUGGAUUUGAACUGAUUGGAGAGAGAAUUAUCUCCUGCCAAGAUAACAAUCAGUGGUCUGCAAACAUCCCCAUCUGCAUAUUCCCCUGCAUGUCCAACUUCACAGCUCCGUCCGGAACAGUCCUCUCCCCAGACUACCCAGAAGGCUACGGGAACAACAUGAACUGUGUGUGGCUCGUUCAGUCAGAACCUGGCUCAAGAAUACACUUGGCUUUUAACGACUUUGACCUGGAGGCGCCCUACGAUUCCCUAACUGUAAAAGAUGGCGAGACCAACGAUGCGGCCGUCAUUGGAAGGUUCUCCGGAGCUGAGAGUCCUUCCCACCUGACGUCCAACACCAACACCCUGAGGCUGGAGUUCCAGGCUGACCACUCCAUGUCCGGAAGAGGAUUUAAUAUCACGUACAGUACAUUUGGUCACAAUGAGUGCCCGGACCCCGGCAUUCCCAUCAACGCCCGGCGCUUUGGUGACAACUUCCAGCUCGGCAGCUCCAUCUCCGUGGUGUGUGAGGACGGUUUCAUCAAGACCCAAGGAACCGAGACCAUCUCUUGUCAAUUAGAAAAAGGAAAGGUGAUGUGGAGUGGGCCCAUUCCCAAAUGUGAAGCACCAUGUGGAGGUCACUACUCCGCUCCCAGUGGGGUGAUUUUGUCCCCCGGGUGGCCCGGUUACUACAAAGAUUCCCUCAACUGUGAGUGGGUGAUUGAAUCAGAGUCUGGACGUUCCAUUAAAGUCACAUUUGACAGGUUCCAGACGGAGCUGGGCUACGACUUCCUGGAGGUGCACGACGGGCCCAACCUCCUCUCGCCUAUGAUUGGCUCCUUCAACGGCACCCAGGUGCCACAGUUUCUGUUCAGCAGCAGCAACUUCCUCUACCUGCUGUUCACCACUGACAACAGCCGGUCCAACGCUGGCUUCAAGAUACUCUAUGAAAGCGUUACAGUUGACAGCUACUCGUGCUUGGACCCCGGCAUACCUGUCAACGGUAUUCGCUACGGACAAGACUUUUCCAUCGGGUCUACGGUGUCAUUUGGUUGCGACUCUGGCUACAGGCUGAGUCACGAGGAGCCACUGGUGUGUGAGAAGAACCACUGGUGGAGCCACCCCUUACCUACGUGUGACGCUCUGUGUGGGGGAGACAUCCGAGGACCCUGGGGAACCAUCCUCAGCCCUGGAUAUCCAGACAGCUACCCUUCAUCUCUCAACUGUACCUGGACGGUGGAAGUCAGCCACGGCAAAGGAGUGCAGUUUCAGUUUAAUUCCUUUCAUCUGGAGGACCAGCACGACUACCUCUUGAUUACUGAGAACGGGAGUUUCCUGCAACCACUGGUUCGCCUGACCGGCAACGAGUUGCCUAGCAACAUCAAUGCUGGUCUCUAUGGCAACUUCAAAGCCCAGCUACGAUUCAUCUCUGACUUUUCCAUUUCAUAUGAAGGCUUCAACAUAACUUUCUCUGAGUAUACUUUGGAGCCAUGUGAGGAUCCUGGGACACCUCCAUUCGGCAGGAGAAACGGCUACACUUUUGGAGUCGGAGACACUUUGUCGUUUUCUUGCAAUAUUGGAUACCGCCUUGAGGGGGCACCAGAGUUAAUCUGUCUCGGGGGUGGACGGAGAAUAUGGAGCGCUCCCCUACCCAGAUGUGUUGCUGAGUGUGGUUCUUCGGUUAUAAACAACGAAGGGAUACUACUGUCCCCAAACUACCCAAUUAACUAUGAUAACAACCACGAGUGCAUCUACAGCAUCCAGGUGCAAGCUGGGAAAGGCAUCAACAUCUCUGCAAGAACCUUUCAUCUGGCCCAGGGCGAUAUUCUCAAGAUUUACGAUGGCAAAGACAACACAGCCCAAGUUCUCGGAGCGUUCACCGGGUCGUCCAUGUUGGGCCUGACUCUGAUCUCCACAUCAAACCAUCUCUGGCUGGAGUUUUACAGCGAUCCGGAAAGCAACGGAGAGGGAUUCAAACUGGUUUACUCAAGUUUUGAAUUGUCUCAUUGUGAGGAUCCAGGUGUGCCUCAGUUUGGCUUCAAAGUCAAUGACCAGGGCCAUUUCUCUGGGAGCAGCAUCACGUACAGAUGUGAGCCUGGAUACACCCUGCACGGGGCUUCCACCCUCAAGUGUAUGACCGGCGAACGGAGAGCCUGGGAUAACCCUCUGCCUUCUUGUAUAGCGGAGUGCGGUGGACGUUUUAAGGGCGAGUCUUCAGGGCGGAUUCUCUCCCCUGGAUACCCGUUUCCUUAUGACAACAACCUUCGCUGCACGUGGGCCAUCGAGAUGGAUUCAGGAAACAUUGUGAGCCUCCAGUUCUUGGCCUUUGACACAGAAGCCAGCCACGACAUGCUGCGGGUUUGGGACGGUCCACCGGAGAACGAGAUGUCCUUGGCCGAGCUGAGCGGCUCUCUGCUCCCCGAGGGAAUCCACUCCACGCUCAACAGAGUCACGGUUCAGUUUGAGACGGACUUUUACAUCAGCAAGUCAGGAUUUGCCAUUCAGUUCUCCAGCUCCAUAGCUACAGCCUGCAGGGACCCAGGUGUUCCGAUGAAUGGCAGUCGGAGCGGAGACGGCCGUGAGCCGGGGGAUUCGGUGUCCUUUCAGUGUGACCCCGGAUACGAGCUCCAGGGGGACGACAAAAUAACCUGCAUUCAAGUGGAUAACAGAUACUACUGGCAGCCCAGCCCGCCCGUCUGCAUAGCUCCAUGUGGAGGAAACCUGACUGGCUCCAACGGAUUUAUACUCUCUCCUAAUUACCCGCAUCCCUACCCUCACUCCAAGGACUGCGACUGGCUCAUUGCUGUCAACUCGGACUACGUCCUGUCCCUCGCCUUCAUCAGUUUCAACAUUGAGCCAAACUAUGACUUCCUGUACAUCUACGACGGUCCGGACAGCAACAGUCCUCUCAUCGGCAGCUUCCAGGACAGCAAACUCCCAGAGAGGAUAGAGAGCAGUUCCAACAGCAUGCUUUUAGCUUUCCGCAGCGACGGCUCUGUUUCCUACACCGGCUUUCACCUGGAGUACAAAGCUAAGCUGAGGGAAUCCUGUUUCGACCCCGGGGUGGUUCUCAACGGGACCAGGCUGGGAUCCGACUAUAAACUGGGCUCUACGGUCACCUUCUACUGUGAGGCAGGAUACGUAUUGCAGGGCUACUCGACUCUAACUUGCAGCAUGGGAGACGACGGCAGACCUGGCUGGAACAGGGCUUUACCCAGUUGUCAAGCUCCCUGUGGAAGUCGGUCUACAGGGACCGAAGGGACGGUUUUAUCACCAAACUUCCCCAGAAACUAUACUUCUGGGCAGACCUGCGUCUACUCCGUAUCUGUGCCAAGAGAGUUCGUUCUUUUUGGUCAGUUUGUCUUGUUCCAGACAUCCCUGAAUGAUGUUGUGGAGAUCUAUGAUGGAGCCAACCAGCAGAACACACUACUCUCUUCACUCUCGGGCUCCCACUCUGGUGAAUCUCUCCCUCUGAGUACAGGAAACCAGAUUACGAUAAAGUUUACCACCGUUGGACUAGAAACUUCUAAGGGAUUUCACUUCGUCUAUCAAGCGGUACCUCGGACCAGCUCCACCCAGUGCAGUUCCGUCCCAGAGCCGCGCUUUGGGAAACGUCUGGGCAAUGACUUUGCGGUGGGGUCUCUGGUGCAGUUUGAGUGCAACCCCGGCUACGUGCUCCACGGCUCGUCGGCCAUCCGCUGUGAGAGCGUCCCAGACAACCUGGCCCAGUGGAACGACACCUUGCCAACAUGCAUAGUUCCCUGCGGGGGUGCAUUGACUGUUCGCCGUGGCACCAUCCUGUCUCCGGGCUACCCAGAGCCGUACGACAACAACCAGAACUGUGUGUGGAAGGUCUCGGUUCCGGAGGGAGCUGGAAUACAGAUACAAGUCGUGAGUUUCGCCACUGAACAUAACUGGGAUUCACUGGAUUUCUACGACGGUGCCGACAACCACGCACCACGGCUGGGCAGCUACUCCGGCACCACCAUCCCUCCUCUCCUGAAUAGUACAUCUAACAACCUUUAUCUGAGCUUCAGCUCUGAUAUUAGCGUCUCUGCUGCUGGAUUUCACCUGGAAUAUACAGCUAUCGGACUUGAGUCGUGUCCAGAGCCCCAGACUCCCAAUUAUGGAGUCAGACAAGGAGACAGAUUUAUGGUGGGGGAUGUGGUCCAGUUUUCAUGUGAGCAAGGAUAUUCUCUUCAGGGCAAUGCCCACAUCACCUGCAUGCCUGGACCCGUCCGGCGGUGGAACUACCCCGUCCCCCUGUGUAUUGCUCAGUGCGGUGGGUCUCUGACUGAUGUCAGCGGAGUGAUCCUCAGUCCUGGUUACCCUGGCAACUAUCCGAGUGGAUUAGACUGCUCAUGGACGGUCAACUUACCUGUUGGCUUUGGUAUUCACCUCCAGUUCGUGAACUUCUCCACCGAAGCCAUCCAUGAUUACUUGGAGAUCCGAAGUGGAACGCUGGAGACGGGGUCCGUGAUCGACCGGUUCAGUGGUCCGGUCCUUCCCAAACCGCUGUUCAGCACCACCCACCAGACCAGCUUUUUCUUCCACAGCGACUAUUCGCAAAACAAACCGGGGUUCCACAUCACAUAUCAAGCCUACCAGCUCCAGAGCUGCCCGGACCCGCGACCGUUUCGGAACGGCAUCGUCAUCGGCACCGACUUCAGCGUUGGGAUGACUGUGUCGUUUGAAUGUCUGCCAGGAUAUUCUCUGAUCGGAGAUGCUUCUCUCACGUGUUUGCAUGGAAUCAGCCGCAACUGGAACCAUCCGUUGCCCCGAUGUGAAGCCCUGUGUGGAGGUAACAUCACGGCAUUAAAUGGAACCAUUUAUUCUCCGGGCCACCCAGAGGAAUACCCAAACUUCCAGGACUGUGUCUGGAGCGUUCGAGUCCCUCCUGGACAUGGGAUUUACAUCAACUUCACCGUUCUGAGCACCGAGCCCAUAUACGACUACAUCACUGUCUGGGAUGGUCCGGAUCAGUCCUCCCCUCAGAUCGGCCAGUUCAGUGGCAACACAGCGUUGGAGUCCGUCUAUUCCACCUCCAACAUCAUCCUCAUCAAAUUCCACUCGGACUUCUCCGGAGCCGGAUUCUUUGUUCUCAGUUAUCACGCGUACCAAUUAAGGGUUUGCCAGCCUCCUCCAGAAGUGCCCAACGCUGUCAUCCUGAUGGAAGAUGGCGAGCUGGAGAUAGGUGACAUCAUCAGGUAUAAAUGCCAACCCGGAUUCUCAUUGGUCGGCAGUGAGAUCCUCACCUGUCGCCUGGGCGAGCGACUGCAGAUGGAUGCACCGCCUCCAACAUGCCAAGUUCAAUGCCCUGCACACGACGUGCGCUACGACUCGUCUGGCGUCAUCCUGAGCCCCGGCUGGCCCGAGAGUUACCCAAACCUCCAGAUGUGUUCAUGGAGCGUCACCGUGGAGAAAGGGUACAACGUCACCGUAACCUUUGAGGGUUUCCACACCGAGAAAGAGUUUGAUCUGCUCGAGAUCUUUGAUGGUCCCACACCCAACAGCCCCACCCUGGCCACGCUGAGCGGGGACCUGCCCACACCGUUCAACAUCACCACCACCGGUCACCAGUUCCUGGUCCGCUGGUCCUCGGAUCACGGCACCAACAAGAAAGGCUUCAGAAUUCGCUAUGUUGGUGAGUACCAAACUCUGUACUGCUCAACUCCCGACUCGCCGCUCCAUGGCUCCAUCUCCUCUCAGAGCGGCGGUCACGUGAACAGCGUGGUGCGCUGGGCUUGUGACCGCGGUUACCGGCUCAUAGGUAACGCCACGGCAACCUGUCGGCGCAGCCCGACGGGCUACCAUGCCUGGGACUCUCCCGUACCCGCCUGCCAAGCCGUGUCGUGUGGACCCCCCAAGGCCCCCAUCAACGGCGGCGUCCUGACUGCCGACUACUCAGUGGGAACUAGAGUUUCCUAUUUUUGCAACGACGGCUACAGACUCUCCAGCAAGGAGCUGACGUCGGCCAUCUGUCAGCCCGACGGAACAUGGAGCAACCACAAUAAGAUACCGAGAUGUUCUGUCGUCGUCUGUCCCAGCAUCGGCUCGUUCUCCCUCGAGCACGGCCGCUGGAGGAUCGUCAAUGGCUCGCACUACGAGUUCAGAACUCGCAUCGUGUUCACCUGUGAUCCGGGCUACUACAGACUCGGCCCUGCACACAUCCAGUGCCUGGCCAACGGGAUGUGGAGCUGGAAGAACGAGAGGCCUCAGUGCCAGAUCAUUUCCUGUGGUGAGCUGCCUUCCCCGCCCAAUGGGAAGAAGAUUGGUACUCAGAUGACAUUUGGUGCUACAGCCAUCUUUACCUGCGAUCCGGGCUUCAUGCUGGUGGGGUCGGCCGUCAGAGAGUGCCUGUCGUCUGGGCUUUGGAGUGGAACGGAAACACGCUGUUUAGCCGGCCACUGUGGGAUCCCAGAGAGCAUCGUAAACGGCCAGGUGAUCGGGGAAAACUUUGGAUACCGAGACACAGUCGUGUACCAGUGUCUCCCUGGUUAUCGCCUCAUCGGCUCGUCGGUUCGGAUCUGUCUCCAGGACAACCAGUGGUCUGGACAUCUGCCCAUCUGUAUACCGAUCAGCUGUGGCCAUCCAGGAAGUCCCAUAUAUGGCCGCACGGUGGGAAACGGCUUCAACCUCAACAACGUGGUCAGCUUCGUUUGCAAUCGCGGGUAUGAAAUGGAGGGGCCCGCACACGCUCAGUGCCAGGCAAACCGCCAGUGGAACCACCCGCCUCCAACGUGUAAAGUGGUCAACUGCUCUGAUCCAGGCAUCCCGGCCAACUCCAUUCGGCAGAGUAAAAUAGAGCACGGCAACUUCACUUUUGGCACCGUGGUUUUUUACGAUUGUAAUCCCGGAUAUUACCUGUUUGGGUCACCGGUGCUGUCGUGUCAACCCACUGGACACUGGGACAAACCCCUGCCUGAAUGUAUAGUUGUGGACUGCGGUCAUCCCGGCUCUCCUCCUAACGGUGUGCUGAGCGGAGAUAAGUUUACGUUCGGUUCAACGGUUCGAUACUCCUGCCUGGGCGGGAGGCAGCUGAAGGGGGAAUCAUCUCGGACAUGUCAGCUCAAUGGCAUGUGGAGCGCCCCCAUGCCCUUCUGCUCUGGUGACGUCGCUGGUUCUUGCGGUGAUCCCGGUAUUCCCUCACAAGGUUCCAGGGAACAGACAGAUUUCCGGAUCCGUUCCAAAGUGUACUUCACCUGCUCGGAGGGCUAUGAACUCAUCGGAUCCUCAGAGAGGAUGUGCUUCCCCAACGGCACCUGGUCGGGCACACAUCCCUUCUGUAAACCUGUCCAGUGUGGGAAUCCGGGCACUCCCAGUAACGGCAGGGUAUUCCGUCUGGACGGGACGACGUUCUCCCACUCGGUGAUCUACUCCUGCAUGGACGGCUACCUGCUCACCGGGGCCACCACCCGGCUGUGCCAGGCCAACGGGACGUGGUCGGGGGCUCAGCCCAACUGCAGCAUGAUAAACUGCGGGGAUCCCGGCAUGCCGGCUAAUGGUCUUCGCUAUGGGGAAGACUUCACCAUCGCUCAGAAUGUUUCCUUUCAGUGCCAACCAGGGUACAGGAUGGAAGAAGAUGGAUCGCCAGUGAGGACGUGCACCCAAAAUGGGACAUGGAGUGGAAACAUGCCUAUAUGCACAGCGGUGACCUGCGCGACCCCCCCCACCGUCAGCAACGGGGUGGUGCAGGGCAGCGACUUUGAAUGGGGGAGCGGUCUGAGCUACAGCUGCUCGCCCGGGUACGAGCUCUCGUUCCCCGCCGUCCUGACCUGCGUGGCCAACGGCACCUGGAGCGGCAUGCUCCCCCAGUGCCUACCCAAGUUCUGCGGCGACCCGGGCACACCGGUCGGCGGCUUCAGAGAGGGACGGAGCUUCAUCUACCAGUCGGAAGUGACUUUCGCUUGUUCUCCACCGCUCAUACUCGUUGGCACGGCAACCAGACUGUGCCAAAGUGAUGGUUCCUGGAGUGGAACACAACCACGCUGUAUCGAACCGACCAAAACCAGCUGUGAGAACCCGGGAACGCCACGGUACGGCUCCUUAAACCGGACCUACGGCUUCAAGGUGGCGAGCGUCGUCUCAUUCCACUGCCAGCCAGGUCACCUGAUCCAGGGGUCGUCUUCUCGAACCUGCCAGCCCGAUCUGACGUGGAGCGGCACGCAGCCCGAGUGUAUACCCCAUGCCUGCAAGCAGCCGGAGAGCCCGCUCCACGUGGACGUGGUGGGGAUGGACCUGUCCGGGUUCGGCUUCACCUUGGUGUACAGCUGUCAGCACGGCUACUUCCUGGCAGGCGGCUCUGAGCACCGGGUCUGUAAGAACGAUGGGACCUGGACUGGAAAGAUGCCCGUGUGUCGAGCGGGAGAGAAGAAGAAGCCUGUGAAACCGGUGCCAGGAACCCCCAGCCCAAAGCUGAACGUUCCAGAUGAUGUCUUUGCUCCAAACUACAUCUGGAAAGGAUCUUACAACUACCGCGGCAGGAAGCAGCCGAUGACACUGAGCAUCACCAGCUUCAACUCUACAACCGGGAGGGUUAACGUGACGCUCAGCAACGGCAACAUGGAGCUCCUCCUGUCAGGAGUGUACAAGGCGUCUGAGGCCAGACUCUUGCUGCUCAUGUACCAGGUGAACUACGUGAACCAGGGAAGCCAACUGAAAGAUUCGUCCAUCUCUCCAGCCAAGAUCAUCGAUGACUCAUGGACUAUGGAUGGAUUUGUAUCGGCGGAGCCCGAUGGUUCUAGCUACGUAUUCCAGGGGUUCAUUCAGGGAAAAGACUACGGACAGUUUGGAUUGCAAAGACUAGGUCUGAACAUGUCGGAGAGUCAGAACUCGCCACCCCCUCAGCUCGGUACAAACAGCAGCUCUGUGGCUAUUGCUAUUCUGGUGCCUUUUUUCGCUCUGAUCUUCACUGGCUUUGGCUUCUAUCUCUACAAACAAAGAACCACACCAAAAACACAGUACACGGGCUGUUCGGUCCAUGAAAACAACAACGGCCAGGCCGCCUUUGAGAACCCCAUGUACAACACCAACGCCAAGGCCGUGGAGGGGAAGGCCGUCAGAUUCGACCCCAAUCUAAAUACCGUGUGCACCAUGGUCUGAGGAGCCAUUAUCCUUGCUUAGUAACUCCAACAGCUGACGGGACCACGACUGAGACGAGGCUCUGGAAGGGGAAACUGUGACUCGAUACUUCAGCAUCACCGACAGUAACGGUCUGAUUCCAAAAAGACCUUCGCUCGCCGUUCACAAACCCCAUCUCCCCCAGCAGAGAAACAAAACAAACAAACUCUCAAGCUGAAACCAAAAGCCAGCAGUGGUUCUGUUCACUAACAGCACUUUGUUUCUCACAAAUGAAGAUCUGCUGCUUUUAGAAGAUGCAAACAAGCGGAGGAAACUCACAGCCUGGUGUGAUAUUAGGUGGAAGAAAAGGAUGCAGUGGGACAUCAAGGCAUCCGUCUCUAACCCGAAAAUCAGCAGGUCACGGGUCUUAAUGAUUCGAUCCAAAAAACCAGAUACCGCCAUUCUACCUUGACCUCAUAUUUAACCUCAAUCAAUGUCAGUAACGGCACUGCAAAUGUGUGAGCCACGACCUGCGAGCAGCAUGUCACGACAUGUCGUCACGAGCUAAUGGAGACUUUGUACUUCAAGCAAAAGUUGCAGAGAGAAAACUCACACAGCGCGCUGGGGCCGCUCUGGCCCGGGGAAGAAAAGCACAAAUUAUGAGUGCUCCUGCUGGGAUUAUACAUCACAAACUGUGCAAGAAAAAUGAGGUGAUGCGUUUCAUGAGCUGUUGCACAAACAGCGCUGAAAGACACUUUUUGAAAAGAAGCGAUCACAGCAGCCACAGAUGGAGAGACAUGGAGAUGAACUGCUCAUCAGUCUGGCUCAAGGUACUGAAAGAAAAUCAGUAAACUGAUCAUUAAAAGUCAGUAAACUGAGCGAAUAGUUGUGAACAGACUCCUCUCUAACACGGUGCAACACCCACACGUCCAGACAGGACAAUCUCCGGUAUCUAUGACGACCAGAGACCAAUAUGACUAGUCUCUCGCCUUUUUCCUACUUAUAUGAAAUCAAAGACUGCUAAUACUAGCAGACAGUAGACAAAGUUGCUUUGAAAAGACAGUAACUCCUUUGCGAGGGGGAUAAGGGCAUCCCCUGGAGACGGAGCUGUAAUCCUAACUGAGGUUUAGAGCUAAGCAAAACUACAAGCAGUCGAAAAGACAGCAAGCACUAAUACAACACAUGAGAGACUGCCUCAUCUAAUGGAUACAACUGCCCCUUUCCAUCCGGUGGAUGAGAGGCGGCUAACACGAUGGAGACAGCCCCAAACCCAACUGGAAACAGAGGAAGGGAGUCAUUAAGAGAAAAGAUGAGAGCUUACAAUCCUAGCAGCCAAUCAGAGACUGACUAACCUGCACUCAUCUACCGAGGGAGGUCAGGCCUCCCUCUGCAUAAAGAACUAGAUCCAGCAGAAUACAUAUUCAAGGAAAAGCCUUUCCUGAUCCCGAGAAUUUAAAAGGAAUUUGAUAAGAAAGAGGUCGGAUGGAGGAAAAAAAAAAAAAACGGAGGACUCUGGUGGACUAACAAAGAAAAAAUGAUUUUGAGAAACGGAGAAAGCUCCGCAACUAAAGCACAUUCUUCAGAGACACUACCUGCCCACGCGCUGCCAGACGCACCCAUGCAGGGGACAGAGCGCUGCGCCAGGCACAGAAAACGGAUACGUAUUUAAAAGCUAGAGAGUUUGAGGGAGACUGAGACGAACACUUCUGAUGAGACAGACGUGUCCAAAAACCCCAGUCUCCACUCGAGAAGAGCAGGUAUGAACUAAAUGGGCCUACUGGCGACACGGAGGCAGAAUAACGGACACGGGACACAGACAGGUUAGAAGAGAGACUAGCUGGGCUGUCGCCCUCCGUCUGUGGACGUCGGUCCACUGUGAUCCUGCACUCUGAGAGUGCUUCUCGUCUUUCUUUGUUACAGCUGCAGAAUCUUCUGAUCUGUAAAUCUAUUGCAUAUAUAUUCGGGAGCAUUCACCUCUUAUAUUUUUGUGCUAUAUAUUUACCACAAGGGAGGGACAGAAGGGGAAUAAAGAGAGAUUUUAGAGAAGUUUUUAGACAAAAAGAAAGAAUUAUUCAGAAAAAGAGACAUCACCACUAUGAAGUCACAAUCAGUACUUUGGUUCCAUUGCCAGACUAUUUUUUUUUUCUCCCCGGUUUGCUGUAUAGCGUGGAGCUCCUCUCCCCGUCAGUGUCUUUCCCACUGAGCCACUCACGAGUGUCAGCAGUAUCGUUGAUGUCUUUUGCCAGCAGCAGUCGUGCUCUUUAAAAUAAAUGUUUUGUCAUCCCAGACGGCAGAUUUUUCUCAAACCCUAAAUUAGGGGAACACUUUCUACUCUGGUCUCUUUCUUCUCACUCACCAGAGGACGGAUAGAUAGCGCUGUCCCCACGUUUCUCAUCCUUACACAGAGUCACAGCAGUGCUAAAACGAGGCUGCGGACGUUUGCGUACCAAACUCCGGCCUAAUGACACGCCUUUGUGACAGUUCAGAGAUGUAAACGCAUCCACCGUAGUCAUGGCAACAGAAAACCACACUUGAUAACGGAUGGAUGAAUGUUCAACUGGCAGGGUGACAAUUGUGCAUAAAAGAACAUUACUUAAAGAAAUUGUGGUAAUAGCUGGUCAAAAGUGCAUAAAGCAGUUUGUAUAUGAUGACCAUGGAAAAUGUGUUGUACAUUGACUGUUCAUGUGGUAUUACUGUGUCAUUACAUACAAAGGAUCAGGGGGUGGAUGGGGAGGCGGUGUCUUUCAAGGAGUAAUGUUAUCUAAGAAAUGAUCUAAACUAUGAGUUAAUUGAUGCAUUACAUAAUAACACUGUUACAAAGACAGGAUUUGAUCCCGCCCAGGUCCAGAUGCAUUUCUAACUGUGUAAUGUCCUGACGAAGACGUGGCCGGAAGGCAGACGCGUGUAGUCCAGGCUUCUCCUUUACAAACCGCCAUCAUUGUGAGAGUUUGCACAUGAACACUGUGUCCACUCCCAUGUUUUGCCACCCGUGGAAGCACACGCUCCCCUAAUUGCUCGUUUGCAUGCAAAACCUUUGUUUGCAGCAUGACUGCAGUACCGUAAACACACCAGGGUGAAGAAGGAAAGAGAGAUGAGAUGUUCAUCCGUGACGUUUGUGUCUGUCAUACAUGUCGUUUCAUUAGUUCGGGAUGUCUCUCCAGGAAACGCAGCAGUGUCUCAAUAACCCACUGAUUCUGAGCUUUAAUACACAUUUUUAUUUUCCAUUGUUUAAUUGGACGCAAGAUGUGGUUUUAUUUGGUCAACAGCUGCAGAAAUGAAGAUUGUUUGAUGAAGACGAGACGGCCUUUCAAAACUAAGUGAUGCUGUUUCUUCAAAGGGAUUAUUUUCACUUGUAGAAGUGUUGGGGUUUGUUUAAAGUUCUGAGAUGUCAGUUAGUUCAUGAACCCUUAAUCUUGCCAUAAAAUGACAAUUUUUAUAAAAGAGGACAAAUGAAUACAAAACAAGCCCAUCUUUUCUUCCUUUUAUUUGUUUUUCAUUAAAACUUUAGUCGUAUUAAAGUUAAAACCACACAACACUCAGUGUUAUGUCCCUUGCAGUAAACUAAAGUCAGCUGACCAGUCAGAAAGGAAAGUAAGAUCUUCCCUGCAUCUCCUGGAGGCUGCAGCAUGCGACAUCAGCCUUUCUUCUCGUGCCGCUGCUAAGAACAACAAAUUCAAGCAACAUUUACUUUUUUUAGGGAACUGUGUGAAAACGUAGCAUAAAAGUGCAGCUGUCUGAAACGGCUCCAGAGCGGCAGGUAAAGGUGUUGCCGAGUCAAGGUUGUUAAUGGGGUGAGGGGUUCUCCACAUAAUGAAUAACUGCUUCUUAAUGAGUCUAGGUGUCAGGGUAGUCUGUUUCUCACCCCCCAACUCCUGCGACAGAUGCCAGCUGCCACCGGCUGACACCAAACUCCUUUUUAAAGUCAUUACCGGGGCCUCCUUGUUUAGCUGCGCUGCGGCUGCCCAGCAACUCAUCGCCAUGGUGACGUCAUUUCUCAUUACAGCAGCUUGGAUUGAUGGUUGCUGCUCUAAAUGUUGUUGUGUGGUUGAUUUUUUUCCCCCCUGAAAGGUCCUGACACAGUGCCUAGCGAAGUCCAGUGAGCUCUGUCCCCACCAGAACACGGACGCCUGUGUACAAUCACAAACCUGCUCCCCCGACUUUGUUUUCCUUGGUUUUCUCCCCCCAGCUGACUGACUGCAAUAAGACCAUGUGAUCAGAAAGACUUGUCGUCGAUCCUGCCCCGGGACGUUGGAAAUAUUCACCAUUUGAAAAAAAAAAAAAAUGAGAAAAAAGGGAUGAAAUAUAGAAUAAAAAAGUGUUUUGUACAGAAGUAUAUUUUUAUGAUGAAAUUAUUUGUAAAAUGUAUGAAUCUAUUAUGUAAAUUUUCAAUGCAAUGUAAAAUUAA